AUUAUAAGUACUGGGAUGUGCUUGUACUAUUUUCUAAGAACAGAUCUUGCAUUUCUUUUACCUUCAUUGGAACUGAUUAUGUUGAUGUUGUUCAUUCAGAGUGUUCUGGGCAUCAUUCUUGGAGGUGGAGCUGGGACUCGGCUUUAUCCUCUUACCAAGAAAAGAGCAAAACCUGCUGUCCCUUUGGGUGCAAAUUAUAGGUUGAUUGACAUUCCUGUUAGCAAUUGCUUGAAUAGCAACAUAUCAAAGAUCUAUGUCCUCACUCAGUUUAAUUCUGCAUCUUUGAAUCGUCACCUGUCACGGGCCUAUGCAAGUAACAUGGGUGGGUAUAAGAAUGAAGGGUUUGUUGAAGUUCUUGCUGCCCAGCAAAGCCCAGAAAACCCUAACUGGUUCCAGGGCACGGCUGAUGCUGUAAGGCAGUAUCUAUGGCUUUUUGAAGAACAUGAUGUUCUUGAAUAUCUCAUUCUUGCUGGGGAUCAUUUGUACCGCAUGGAUUAUGAGAAAUUUGUCCAAUCUCACAGAGAAACUGAUGCUGAUAUAACAGUUGCUGCACUACCAAUGGAUGAAAAACGUGCUACUGCAUUUGGUCUGAUGAAAAUUGAUGAGGAAGGAAGGAUAAUAGAAUUCGCCGAGAAGCCAAAAGGAGAACAACUGAAGGCAAUGAAGGUUGAUACCACCAUUUUAGGUCUUGAUGAUGAGAGAGCUAAGGAAAUGCCUUAUAUUGCUAGUAUGGGCAUAUAUGUUAUCAGUAAGGAUGCGAUGUUGAGUUUGCUAAGAGAGACAUUUCCGGGCGCCAAUGAUUUUGGAAGCGAAGUUAUUCCAGGAGCUACUUCAAUUGGAUUGAGGGUUCAAGCCUAUUUGUAUGAUGGCUACUGGGAAGACAUUGGUACUAUUGAGGCUUUCUACAAUGCCAAUUUAGGGAUCACUAAGAAGCCAAUACCAGACUUCAGUUUCUAUGACCGUUCCUCUCCAAUCUAUACACAACCCCGGUACCUGCCACCUUCGAAAAUGCUUGAUGCCGAUGUUACGGACAGUGUUAUUGGUGAGGGGUGUGUCAUUAAGAACUGUAAGAUUCACCAUUCCGUAAUUGGUCUGCGAUCCUGCAUCUCAGAGGGCGCAAUAAUAGAAGACACUCUAUUGAUGGGAGCUGACUAUUACGAGACUGAUGCAGACAAAAGACUCUUGGCUGCAAAAGGUAGCGUUCCAAUUGGUAUUGGGAAGAAUUCCCACAUCAAGAGAGCAAUUAUUGACAAGAAUGCUCGUAUUGGAGACAAUGUGAAGAUCAUUAACAGCGACGAUGUGCAAGAGGCUGCAAGAGAGACAGAUGGGUACUUCAUCAAGAGUGGUAUCGUUACUGUGAUUAAGGAUGCUUUAAUUCCCAGCGGAUCAAUUAUUUGAAGUUGAAAAAAAUUACCUUUAUAGUUCUUUCAACAAAAGCUGUUUCUUGUUCCUGAAUUGUGAACAUCCUUUUGGUCCUUACGUUCUUAAUAGUUGAUCAAAUCCCAAAAUCUUUCAAUUACUCAACGAAUUUCAAUUUCCGUACACAAAAUCCUCCGAAAAAAUCAUAAAUUAUUAAUUUUGUCAGGGGAUAUUAUAGUGAAUAACUUGCGUCUUUAAUUAUUUGGUUCAUUUGUGUACGUUACGUUCUUUGGAAGUAUUUAAUUGUUUAUGUUUACGUGUGAUGUGAUGAAAUUUGUAAUAGAUUCUCUCACUUUAGCCGUAUGCUUUUUUCUUCA